AUGGUGCCAAUCCUUUUUAUUAUGAAUAGCAUAGCAAGACGUAGUGCAGCGAAAUUACAGAACGAAAUGAAAUCAAAUGGGACCGAAUUAUGCAGGACUUGCUUGAGGAGUACGGAUUUGAUCGACAUAUUUGAUGAUAAGAGGUCUGUGAAGAAACGGACAGAGGAGUUAAAAUUAACUACAGGUUUAGAGAUUAAUUAUAACGAUGGACUAUCACAAAAAAUAUGCAGUCAAUGUGUAAAACUAAUGAAAAUGGCGUUGAAAUUUAGAUUUUCAAGUCGUAAAGCACAGAGGUCUCUCUUGAAAAUGAAAAAGGAAAACUGUGUUAAACUAGAGAAGAAUAAUAUAAGUAAAGAUGGUGGAGACAACGAGGGAGUCGAUGAUUAUGGGUAUAAUUGCUUUGAAGAUGACUUUCAAAAUGAUUAUGAGUAUAAGCACAUAACAACAAAUAGAGUGAAAAAAGCCUUACAGAAAACGAAAAUACUGAAGAAGAAGCGUAUCAAACUACCACUAUCAACAUCAUACAAAUGUAACACUUGUAACAAGGAGUUCCUAAUGAAAGCUACUUACCGGGCCCACAUGAGGUUUCAUACGAAUUACUGUGUUUGUGAGUCUUGUGGCAAGCGAUGCAGGAACCACAAUCAGCUCCAGGAGCACAAACGAGCGAGACAUGGUCUGGGCAAGAUCCACAAAUGUGCAUACUGUGAAUAUAGUUCAGCCACUAAGGAGGCACUGACGAUCCACGAAAGACGACACACUGGCGAACGGCCAUACAUCUGUGACCAUUGUGGAGCCAGUUUCCACAGACGGUCCACGCUCGUGCAACAUAUAGCCAUACAUCUCCCAGAGAAAAACUUCCAAUGUGACAUGUGCCCCAAACGACUGAAAUCGAAGAAGUUCCUCCAAAUACAUAAGCAUAACGCACACACGGGAAAACGUUACGCGUACCUGUGUCCGAUAUGUGAACAUCGCUUCGAGAAACCGAAUAAGGUGCGCGCACACACGCGAAGGGUACACGGUGUGCCAGACGAGCAGCACGGAGCUAUAAUACGGAUUCAGCUCUGA